GAUGCUGCCGCCAUAAGAGCAACGUUUGCUGGGUUAUGGUCGAUCAAUGGUGGUGAUGCGGUAACGGAGAAACUCAUCAAGAAUGCUAUUGCACAUCCUUCUCGAUUUGUUCUCAAACCUCAAUUGGAAGGUGGCGGUGGAAACUUCUACGGAGAAAAAAUGGCAGAAAAACUUAAAAGCAUGGAGAAGGAAGAACUUGGCGCCUUUAUCCUGAUGGAAAGGAUUCAACCUCUGGUCGUUGAGAAUUAUCUACUACGCGCUAUGCAGCCACCACAACUAGCGAACGUUGUCAGCGAACUGGGAGUCUAUGGAUAUGCGUUGGGUGAUCGAGGAAUGGCAGAAGUGCGCCAAGGAGGACACCUUUUGCGGACCAAAAGCGAAGAAGUUGAUGAGGUAAUCGCGAAAGAGUGUGCAACAAACCCAUUAACUACUUACUUUAUUGCUCGCUUAGGACGUCUUGUAAUUGCGCCCGAAUUUAGGGAGGAGUUGCCGUUGGAGCAGCUGUCAUUGACAGUCCUUUUCUUUAUGAAUUACUUUGAAAGGAGUCAUCAAUAG